AAUAACAGUAAACCAGCUCCUCACUCUCUCUUUCUCUCUAGGGUUUAAGAACCACCGCACCUUUGUUUUUCUGUAAACACUCCGGCAGCUCAGCGACGAUGGAGAACGACGAAAACGGCGCCGUUCAGAGGAAGCUGAAGGUGAAGGGCAAGCACGACAAGCCCAAGCCUUGGGACGACGACCCGAACAUCGACCGCUGGAAGAUUGAGAAGUUUGACCCUUCCUGGAACGAAGGCGGCAUGCUUGACGUCACCACUUUCUCUACCCUAUUCCCUCGCUACAGAGAGAAGUAUUUGCAAGACGCGUGGCCGGCGGUGAAAUCUGCUUUAAAAGAGUACGGCAUUUCUUGCGAAUUGAAUCUGGUUGAGGGUUCGAUGACGGUGUCUACGACCAGGAAGACUAGAGACCCCUAUAUUAUCGUCAAAGCUAGGGAUCUUAUUAAACUAUUAUCCAGAAGUGUUCCUGCUCCUCAGGCAAUAAAAGUGCUGAAUGAUGAAAUGCAAUGUGACAUCAUCAAGAUUAGCAACUUGGUCAGAAGUAAGGAAAAAUUUAUAAAACGAAGGCAACGUCUUAUUGGCCCCAAUUCCUCCACUUUAAAGGCCCUGGAAAUACUGACAGGCUGUUAUAUUCUGAUACAAGGAAACACUGUUGCUUCAAUGGGUUCAUUUAAAGGAUUAAAGACAGUUAGGAGGAUUGUGGAAGACUGCAUUGAGAAUAAAAUGCAUCCGAUAUUUCAUAUCAAGAUUCUCAUGGUAAGGAAAGAACUGGAAAAGGAUCCAACUCUAGCGCAGGAGAACUGGGACAGAUUUCUUCCGAAAUUUAAGAAGAAAAAUGUUAAUCAACCCAAACCUAAGAAGAGUAAGAAGAAGAAACCAGAAUAUACACCCAUACCACCUCCUCAACCACCUAGCAAGGUUGACAUACAAUUGGCAACUGGAGAAUACUUUUUGAGUGACAAAGUGAAAUCGGAAAAGAAGUGGAAAGAGCAGCAGGAGAGACAAGCUGGAAAAACAGCAGAAAACAAGCGAAAAAGAGAAGCUGCUUUUGUUCCUCCAGAGGAGCCUGUGGUACAGCAUAACAAAUCAGAUGACGGUACCAAAGAUGUCGCCGCCCUGGCCACGUGUCUGAAGAAAAAGGCAAAAGAGUAUGGAAACAAAAAGUUGAUUGAAAACGUAAAUCCAGAAGCUUAUCUUGCAGAGUCUGGAGAACCUUCAAAAAAGAAAUCCAAGAAAUCCAAGGGCUCAGAGUCUUAGAUUCCUGAGUUGGGUGUUAUAUACAAGCUCUUAAGACGAGUUGUUUGUUGGACGUGUGUAAUCUGUUCAAACUCUGGUCGGAUGGUUUGUUAGGAAAUGCCUCCCAAACCUACUGCUUUACCUUCUUAAUUUAGUAAAAAAAUUAUCAGUUACUGUGUUGACCAGGUUGUGUCCA